AUGAGAGGGGUGUUUCUCCCAUGGAAUCCACUGCGCUUCCACACUCUCACUCUCCCUUCCCUUCCAAACAGAACCUUAAUCCUCUCAGCUUCCGUGGAUUCCCCCUCUCAGGUGAGCGCGCGAGAGAGGAGGCGCGAGAGGAGCGAGAGAAGAGAGAGAAAGAGCGGCGCGAACUGGAGGGAGGAGGUGGAGAUGAGACUCAUCGAGAAACCGAAGAAGAAAGGUUCGUGGAUGGAUGAACUGAACCUGGACAACCUCGCCAAGUUGGGUCCCCAAUGGUGGGUCGUCCGUGUCUCAAGGAUUAAGGGUCACGACAUUGCGCAACUCCUCGCUCGCUCCCUCGCUAUAAACUACCCCGACCUCGAGUUUAAGAUGUAUGUUCCAUCCGUCAAUGAGAAAAAGAGAUUGAAGAAUGGUUCGUACUCCAAUAAACCAAAGCAACUGUUCCCUGGAUGUGUUUUCUUGAGAUGUGUGAUGAAAAAAGAACUACAUGACUUCAUAAGAGAGUAUGAUGGUGUUGGAGGCUUUCUUAGUUCCAAGGUUGGAAACACAAAGAGACAGAUCAAUAGACCGAAGCCAUUAUCUGAUGACGAUGUUGAUGCAAUCUUCAGACAAGCAAAAGAAGAGCAAGAGAAAACUGACCAAGCUUUUGAGGAAGAAGAGAUGAAAGCUGCCCUAAAUUCUGGGAUUCCUAACACAGAAUUAGAACCCGAUGAUGUUUUGAAUGCUAUUGUUGACAAUAAAUCUAAAAGGAGACCUAGGAAAACUUCUGACCAGGUCAAAGUCACAGAUGCUUCUUCUAUUCGAAACAAAUAUAAACACUUUGUUCCUGGUUCCACUGUUCGUGUUGUAUCUGGAACCUUUUCAGGGUUUACAGGCACCCUCAAAAAGCUGAAUCGAAAAACUAAAAUGGUCACUGUGCAUUUCACUCUCUUUGGGAAAGAGAACAUAGCAGACAUAGAUGUUAAUGAAAUUGCACUAGAGACAAACUGA